UGGAAUGUAUUGAAUGGAUUGCAGGGAGUCAGUCAGCGAAGCUUUUCUGUCAAGAGGCUGCAGGAAGGUUUCCGGGGGGCUGUUUGGAUUAUUUUGAUUCGUAAACAGAACAGAUGUGGAUGUGAGUGAAAGUCAACCUGGCGCGGAACAAAAGAUGCGCGGAGGAGAAGCGGGGAUCCCCGACGCUCUCGGAUAGAUCAUGGCUGUGAGAAUCAGCAGCUUCAUGGCUGUGAGAAUCAGCCCCUUCUGUGGCGUGUUUUCAAGCAUCAGGGAGGGAGAGCGGCUUUGGUGAUGAGCGCCUCACUUUGGGUGUCCCCUCUGCAGGAAUGAUGGCUCUCAUUAUGGUCCCGCUGCUUCUGCACACAGGACUCGUGCUGGGAUCCAACUACGGUUAUGUGGAGUGGUCGGACAACGACAGAGACAACGACAAGCAGCACCCACCACCACCACCCGUCUUCAGCACCCAGAACACCCACUGGGCGCCGCCCCGCCCGCCCACCGGGUACCCGGCACCGGCACCGGCACCGGGGGCCACCCAGCGCGCAGUGGUGGCGCACAAGAUCGAGGAGGACCUGCCCAGGGUGGUGACCGCCUUCCUGCACACGGGGGACCCCUCGGCCCUGGGGCAGGUCAACUGCUCCCGCAGGUACGAGCUGAGCAGCCUGCGGGGCGGCCUGCACGCCGCCUCGCACUACCAGCUGCACGGCAUCCUGGACACGCUGGCGCACGCAGCCAACCUGCUCAACAUGAUCCUGCAGGCCAACAGGUCCAGGGAGCACAGACCUGGCAGGGACGGCAGCUGGUACCAGGCUCUGGUCCAGAGCAUCCUGGAGGGGGACCCCAAGAUCCACCGGGCGGUGGUGACCCUGCAGGGGGACGCGCCGGGGCCCCCGGGGCCCCUGGGCGCGCACCUCUUCCUCCAGGCCACCAGGACCCAGAACCAGGUGGUGCUGCAGGAUCUCUCCGGCUCUCUCCACCAGCUGAGGAGCAGGAGUCCCGAGUCUGACUGGUUCAACAGCUUCAGGGACGGCAGGGCGCCGCAGGUGAACAGAAGAGUCCCGGAUGGCGCCGGAUCCACAAGUGGAAGUUAUAUUCUGAACAAGAACCAGAUCAGGUGGUCGGCCCCCUACCUGGAGUGUGAGCACGGCGCGUUUGUGCCCCACUGGCUGCUCACGCUGUCGGCAGGCUUCUAUGGACUGAAGAGCAACUCUGCACCAGAGUUCAGGGGUGUUGUCCGUGUGGACGUGAACCUGCAGGACGUGGACAUCGACCAGUGCUCCACUAGCGGCUGGUUUGCUGGGACUCAUCGCUGUAAUCUGACCAGUAUGGAAUGCACUCCCAUCGGUGGACACGGAUUCGUGCUGGACAAGUACAAGUGCCAGUGCAGGAGGGGAUUUUACCAUCCCAGCAGGGUGGUGCUCAACGGCUUCAAAAGUAAGGGGCUGGGCUUCUCCAGAGACGAGGCCGACUCGCCCAGCAAGUGCCUGCCGUGCCGCGACGGCUGCCCCUUCUGCCAGGACGACACGCCCUGCGUGGUGCACGAGGACGGCGCUCUGCGGCUCGCCGUGGCCUCCUUCCAAGGGCUGUGCAUGAUGCUGGACCUGGCCAGCAUGGUGGUCGUGUACCACUUCAGGAGAAACAAGAGCAUCCGAACAUCUGGACUCAUUCUGCUGGAAGCCAUCUUGUUUGGGGCAUUACUGCUCUACUUCCCAGUGAUGAUCCUCUACUUCAACCCCAGCGUGUUUCGAUGUAUCCUCCUGAGGUGGGUUCGCCUCCUGGGCUUCGCCAUCAUGUACGGCACCGUCAUCCUCAAGCUGUACAGGGUGUUGAAGGUGUUCCUGUCCCGCACGGCCCAGAGGACGCCCUACAUGACGAGCUGGCGGGUCCUGCGGCUGCUGCUGGUGAUCCUGGUGGUGGUGCUGUGGUUCCUGGUGGCCUGGACCUCGGCCGUGUGCCAGAACCCAGAGCUGAGUCGGGCCGUCAUCGCUGCAGGCUUCACGCCGGAGGGACUGCAGUUCAGCAUGUGUCUGCUGGAUCGCUGGGACUACAUGAUGGCGGUCGCUGAGUUCCUGUUCCUGCUGUGGGGCGUAUACUUGUGCUACGCCGUCCGCACCAUACCUUCAGCCUUCCACGAGCCGCGCUACAUUGCUGUGGCCAUCUACAAUGAGCUCCUCAUAUCAGCCAUCUUCCACAUCAUCAGGUUCUCCGUGGUACCAGCACUUCACCCGGACUGGAUGCUCAUGCUGUUCUUCGCUCACACACAUCUGACUGUGACGGUGACUCUGGGCCUGCUGCUCAUUCCAAAGUUCUUGUCUAAAGGCACCCAGGCCCGGGAUGACAUCGCCACCGAGGCCUACGAGGAGGAGCUGGACAUGGGCAGAUCUGGCUCGUACCUGAACAGCAGCAUCACCUCAGCCUGGAGCGAGCACAGCCUGGACCCAGAGGACAUACGGGAUGAGUUGAAGAAGCUGUAUGCCCAGCUGGAGGUUUACAAGCGAAAGAAGAUGCUCGCCAACAACCCUCACCUUCAGAAGAAGCGCAACUCGAAGAAAGGUCUGGGCCGCACCCUGAUGAAGCGGAUCACCGAGAUCCCGGAGAGCAUGCACAUCCACCGCCAGUGCAGCCGUGACGACGGCAGCGAGCACGGCAGCAACCGCAGCACCCUGAGGAGAAACCCGUUUGAGCCGGGCCACCACGGAAGAACUCGAGACGACUCCAUGAAAAACAACGUCAUGGGUCUGCCGAAGUCGCUCAGCUACGACCACGUUUGUGACGACGAAGCAGAAACUGGAAGCCAAACCAGCUCAGUCAUGGGAGACAAGAUGACUCCUGUUGGAAACGGCACCGAGGUGUCGCUCUUGGGCUCUCUGAUUGGCCGAAGACACGCCAGGAAGCAGCUGGGCCCUGCUGGAACCCCGCCCAAGCUGGAGCCGGCCGAGUCCACGGAGUCCGUUCCGCUCUUCUGGAAAUCAGCCAGCGCUCACAAUCUAACCCACGAGAAGAGGCCCGUGCACCUGAGGACCUCCAUCAUGCAGAAGUCUCUGAGCGUGAUUGCGAGCGCCAAGGAGAAGAUGCCAGGACUGGCCAACAAGACUCAAAGUGUGGAGGACGCCAGCAAGAAAGGCCAGAAGGGGCAGGAGGAGAGAAUGCUAUCAGAAGUGGACGAAACACCUGAACAUUUCCCCAAGAUGAUCAUCAGCCAGUCCGUUGAGUACUCCAAGAGUCCGAUGAAGAUGGGCAUAAUGAAACAGCAGGUGAGCGGCAGCCAGCCAUCCAUCUGCUCUGAGACCGGGAGGAACCUUUACGACGUGUCUGAGGUUUGUCCCUGGGAGCUGGAGGAGGCUCAGACUCCAUCCGAAGGGAAGAGCCAGAAACACGUGUCCAUCGCUCCCGGAGAAACCACGGCCGGCCGGAGAGGCAGCAGCAGCUCGGGACCCGCCAAAGCCGCUCGAUCCCAACAGAGGCAGAAAGCCGGGCACUCUCCUUCCAACAGGCGGCGCUCCAAAGAUAAGGGAGGAGAGAGGGAGGAUGGGAGGAAAUCCCGGCCCCCCAGGUCACCUCUACCCCUCAAGGCGGACGUGUCUGCCUGGGAGUUUGAGGAGCAGCCCAUCCUCGGAGGAGACUCCGAUUCCCUCUCUCCGGACAGGAUCAGGAGGAAAAAAAGCGUCACGCCCACAGACGGGAAACCUAAAGGGCUCCACUCGGAUCACUCCAAGUCCACAGGGAGUCUUUUACAGCCUCCGUCUCUGAUGGUGGAGAUCUGCCCCUGGGAUCACGCCGGCCCGCCCUCGCCCAAGCAGGACAAGACCUGCAACAGUCCCACCGCACACAAGAAGAAGAGGAAAGGCUCCUCCUCGUCCAACCACAAGUCUGAGAAGGAGAAAGGGAGGGAGAAGAGCCGAGAGAGGCGGAGCUCGUCCAGCAAGCCCCCGUCGGAGAGGAGGCGGGUGAGCCAGUCCUCGGAGUGCGGUGGGCCGGUCUCCGAGCGACGGAGGAGCUCCACGCGAGACGCGGAGGUGACGGAGAUCAGGAGGCUGGAGGUCUCCCCCCGUGAGCCGGAGCACUCGCACUGCAACUGGGCUCAGACUCAAAAAUCACCAGAGAAGAAGAAAGAGAGCCCUUUGCAUGCAAAACCUGGAACGCCGGGUGGCGCAAAAAUGGUGGAUGUUUGCCCCUGGGACUUUCCAGCACAAGAAUGAACGGAGGGACUUAUAUUUUUGUAGUUACAGAGAGUUUGCACAAAGAAAAAAAAUGACAUUUCAUAAAAUGGUUUCUCCUGCCACUGUUGAAAAGUACAGUGUGAGGAAAGGACCAUUUAUUCCCUUUGUCUGCUCAAAAGCAGAAAUCUCAGUGUCACAUGGCGAAGGAUGACAUUCGUAGGCUGCACUUGUGGUUGCGUGUUUUGUCAUGGUUUACGAAGUUUGUGUGCUUUAUCACUUUCAGGACAUGAAGGAGGUUUGUAGAAGAUAAAUGCCCGUGUUUACCAGCAGAGCAAACAGUCAUUCACCGGUUAAAAACCUGUCAGUCCUCAACCUGAGCUCACUGAAUAUUCAACACCUUUCCUCCGUGACGCUGCUGAUUCAAGCAGCUCAGACUUGUGCACGACCUGGUGAAAACGGAGAGGAGAGGUGACCGCAGGGAACACGAACGGGGACGCGAGUCCUCAAAGAGCAGGACCGAAGCAGCAGCGCAGCUGUGACACCUCACCUGGAGGCCAGAUGCAUCAUUCAUGCAGGACGGUGACCUCUGGAGACAUGCAGGAACAACUAAGGACUAUCACUACCAAACGAGGAGGACGUUUUGUUUUACUAAAGCUUCUCAGUGUGCAACGUGUUUUUCUAAAUCGCAUGUGGCCAACUGCCGAGCAUCAAAUAGAGGGUUUGCAUUGACGUCAC